AUGAAGGUUUUCUCAUCCGAGACCCAGUUCGACUACUCAUGGGAGGAAGUCUCAUGCGCGAACUGGUUGAAAUACUCGCCAUGGAACAAAAUGACCCCCCACGUCAUCGCCGUCGACACCCUCCAGCGCUCCGUCGAUCCGGCGACGGGCAUCCUCCGCACUGAGCGAUUGAUCACCUGCCAACAAUCGCCGCCGAAGUGGAUUCUACCCUUCUUAAAGGGCCAGAGCACCUCCCACGUCUACGAGACCUCCUACAUCGAUCCGAAGACCCGGAAGCUCACCAUGUGCGCCAUGAACAUCACCUGGUCUGACUUCCUGAACGUUCGGGAAACCUGCAGCUACGAACCGGUCCGGACGAACACCGGCGCCGAACACACCCAGUUCAAGCAGUACGCCGAGAUCACCGCCCUUUGCGGCGGGUGGCAGAAGAUCAAAAACUCCAUCGAGAGCGUCUCCGUGGAGCAGUUCCGGCAGAACGCAGCGAAUGGCCGCCAGGGCUUUGAGAUGGUGCUCGAGAUGUGCCGCAAGGUGUGGCAGGAAGAGCGGGAGAAGGCGGCGCAACAACAGACCAUGGCCGCGUAA